AGCUAUAAAUACAAAUUUCACCGUCUUCCGCCAAUCCCAUCUAUCAAAGGAAAAAAACAUCGAAAGCACACGCCGACUUCGGCAACUCCGAAUCUCACACUCACUGAUCAUUUCUUUUCUUCCCUCAAAUCCAGAAACAAGAAAGUACCUAAUUCCAAAAUUCCCCCAAUUUGAAAAUUUUCGCAAAGAAGAGAAAGAAUGGAGCAAGAGCACGACGUGUACGGACGGGAGAUCCCGGACGAGGAAGGAGAGAUGGAUGCUGACGUCGACGUGUCUGGUGGAGCUGAAGAUUACGAAGGGAACGAGCAAGAGUUUGACCAAGAUCCCAAUUCCAACUCCAAGGAUUUGGAGGACAUGAAAAAGAGACUGAAGGAGAUCGAGAAAGAGGCCGGGGCUUUGCGUGAAAUGCAGGCUAAAGUCGAGAAGGAGAUGGGCGCUAUCCAAGAUUCCUCAAGUGCUUCUGCAAACCAAGCAGAAAAGGAGGAAGUGGAUUCCCGCUCGAUUUAUGUUGGCAAUGUAGACUACACAUGUACACCCGAGGAAGUUGAGCAGCAUUUCCAAUCCUGUGGAACAGUGAACAGAGUGACAAUUUUGACUGACAAGUUUGGUCAACCUAAAGGAUUUGCCUAUGUUGAAUUUGUUGAAAUUGAUGCUGUUCAAAAUGCUCUACUGUUAAAUGAAUCAGAAUUGCAUGGUCGUCAGUUAAAGGUCUCUGCAAAACGAACAAAUAUUCCUGGAAUGAAACAGUAUCGAGGAAUGCGAUCCAACCCAUAUUUCCAUUCCCAAUGGCCUUUCACGCCCGGUCCUGCUUUCUAUCCUUCAUAUGGCUAUGGGAGGGUUCCAAGGUUCAGGCGGCCUAUGAGAUACAGGCCAUAUUAAGAUGGAUCUCACGUUGUCAGAAGCUGCAAUUUUGAGAAGACCAUUACUUGACAAGUUAAUAGUUUAUAAUGGUCAUAUUGUUGUUCUAUAACAUGGAGGGAGAAAGUUGAGUUGCAAUUUGCUUGCCAAAGGGCUGGCGGGAUAUUUCUCAAGUUGUGAGCUUGCAGGAGUGUGAUGGAUCCUUUCGUUUGACCUUGCCUAUGCUUUGACGGUGAUAAAUGAAGCAGAGAUGGAAAUGUUGUAGUGAAAUAUUAUUUAAAAUUCCCGGUCGUAGAUUGAUAAUUUUACUCAGUGUGGAAAAGUUAUAAAAUGUUGGGUUUUUAUGUUUGCUAAAGUGACGACUUUCUCAUAGAUCAUAAUGCAUAGAAGGUUAGUUCAAAAUAGAUUACUGAAACAUGAGGAUAUUUAUGGGAUAAGCUUUCUGGGAUUUGAAGUGAUGACCAAACUGUUUAGCCAGCUGCUUGAGUUUGCCACAUGGAUAAGUUUCAAAGCAUUAAAGCAAAACUUGUAUUAUCGUAGUUAGGGGUAUAAUCGAGUCGAAUCGAGUCGAUAUAGUGAGAAGUUUGAGCUUUAGCUCAAUUUCAACUCAUGGUUCGAUUCGAACUUGAUCGAAUUUUAUUUUCUUAGUUUGAGUUUGAUUCGUGAUCGAAAUUGAACUACUCGA